UAUUCCGAGAAACGACCCACCUUGUUUAGCACCCACCCGCGCGUUUGCAAUUCUUUCUAAGCCAGAAUGGACGGAUCGGCCGCUUCGGGGAAACGCCCGCAGACGGCGUUUCGCCAGGCAGAGAAGGCGUUCCGCAAUGCACACAAGGAGCCCGACUGCGAGCUGAUCCCGGCCACGCUCGCCCACACGCUUGCUUUACCCGGCUUUGGCUUCCCUGUGUUCCGCACUCCGCACCCAGCAGCCUUUGCGCUGCCCGACCGCCCCGGACUGCUGCUGAUCCGCGACGCCCUGACGCCCGAAGCGCAGAGAUGGCUGGCGCGCAAAUGCCUGGUAGACUGCUCGAAGCCGCCGAAUCGGUCGAACCUGGAUCCGUUCUUUGACCUGCCGGACCGCUCGCUGUUUGGGAUGCAAGACGACAGCUCGCUGAUUAGCCCGCAGGAUGCCUCGUCGCUUGACGGUCCGCUAAGCGCUGUGACCAGGCCAAAGGAAAGGUUCUACCAGCAGGCCCAGCCCGCCGCAGCGCUUUUGCCGCGCCUGCGCUGGUACACUCUGGGCAGGCAGUACAACUGGACAACAAAGCUCUACGACUCUGGCUCCACGGCCUUCGACCCCGCCUUGGACUCCCUGAUGCGCGCCAUCGCCAUUGCCAUUUCCGACGCAUCACUCGGCGGCCACGCUAUCAACGGCUUUGAUGGCCGCCAAUACACGUGCCAUGCGGGCAUAGUCAACUUCUAUGGCGAGAAAGACUCGAUGGCGGGCCAUGUCGACAAGACUGAGGAGAACAUGGAGGCGCCGCUGAUUUCGCUCAGCCUUGGCCUCGAGUGCGUGUACCUGGUCGGCGGCAGAACACGCGACAUCGAGCCGUCGGCCAUCCGGCUUCGCAGCGGCGAUAUUCUGGCCAUGUGUGGCGAGUCGCGUAUGGCAUUCCAUGGCGUGCCCCGCGUCAUCGCUGACUCGGCGCCAGAUUACCUAACCGAUCCCUGUACCGGCAGCACCGACGCAGGUGCCGAAAAGUACCCCGAGUGGCGGCAUUUCAGCAAGUACCUGGCACGCCACCGCAUCAACUGCAACGCGCGGAAGUGCGAAUGAGGCACAAAAACCCCAGAAAAUUGUUUAUUACAGGCACUAAUUGGUAUUGACAAGAGAGUGAGAAGGAAUGUGGCAAAAGGGGGUUAUUGCGCCAAUAGAGCGGGUCAAUGGGGCGCGUGGCUUGCUCAGUCAAUGUUGAGCUGCCGCCGCCAGUUAUCCAAAUCGUCGUCCGUGGCACAUGGCGGAAUGCCUGCCAGCGCCUCGAUCAGGUCGUCCGGAUCC